UCCCGGGGAGGGUCGCGGGGUUAAUCAGUGCAGAAGUAUUGUGUGUUACUGGACGAUUGCUAUCUGAUUUUACCAAUCGAGAAGGGAAUUUGUUAUCAGAAAUCGUGCUUGAAAGCAGGAGGUACCCAAAUAUCAGGAUGUAUUGGAAGUAUGCAUUAACGUCGAACUCUUGGUUACUGUUCUGUCUUGUUGUUGCUGAAAGUGUACCAAUCGAUAAAAUCAAGGUGACCAAAAUUGAAAAGCCAGAAGAGCAGGCAACACAGGAACCUCAAGACACUGGGUUAUAUUAUAAUCGUUACCUUAGAGAAGUGAUUGAUGUUUUAGAAACUGACAAACAUUUCCGUGAAAAGCUGCAGACAGCAGAUGUAGAAGACAUUAAGAGUGGUAGAAUGGCAAAGGAGCUAAACUUAGUAAGUCAUCUUGUGAGAACUAAAUUGGAUGAAUUGAAAAGACAGGAGGUGUCACGACUACGAAUGCUGAUUAAAGCCAAAAUAGAUGCUCAGCAAGGUAAAGAUGCAGGAAUAGAUCAUCAUGCUCUACUGAAGCAAUUCGAGCACCUCAAUCACCAAAACCCUCAUAGCUUUGAGCCGGAGGAUCUGGAAUUAUUGAUUAAAACUGCCACCAAAGAUCUGGAAAAUUAUGACAAAGAGCGACACGAAGAAUUUAAACGAUAUGAGAUGUUGAAAGAACAUGAAAGACGGGAGUAUUUGAAAACACUGGAUGAAGAAAAGAGGAAGGAGGAAGAGGCACGAUAUGAAGAAAUGAGAAAGAAACACAUGGAUCACCCAAAAAUUAAUCAUCCGGGAAGCAAAGAUCAGUUGAAAGAAGUUUGGGAGGAAACUGAUGGCCUUGAUCCUGAUGACUUUGAACCAAAGACUUUCUUCAAGCUGCAUGAUACUAAUGGUGAUGGAUUCUUGGAUGAGCAGGAGAUGGAAGCAUUAUUUACUAAAGAGCUGGAGAAGAUUUAUGAUCCUAACAAUGCAGAAGAUGAUAUGGUGGAAAUGGAAGAAGAACGACUAAGAAUGAGAGAACAUGUUAUGACAGAGAUUGAUACAAACAAGGACCGAUUGAUUUCAGCUGAUGAAUUUUUAACGGCUUCUGAAAAGAAGGAAUUUGCAGAAGCAGACCCUUGGGAGACUCUAGAUGAACAGGAGAUUUAUUCAGAAGAUGAGCUGCAAGAGUUUGAGAGGCGACUGACGAAGCAGGAGAAUGAACUGAAGAUGAAAUCAGAUGAUCUACUAAAGCAGCGGGAGGAGUUACAGCUUCAACAAGAUCAGCUCCAGGCUGAGAAGUUAGAAUUACAACAGGCUGUACAGCAACUGGAACAAAAGAAACAAGCACAGCAUGCUGCUCCUCCAGAAGGACCAAAUGGGGAACUUCAGUUUCAUCCUGGUAUGGAGCAAGCUGCCCCUCCAGGUCAUCAGCCAUCACAAGACCUAAACCAGCCAGCUGCAGUUGGACAGGAUCAGCCUCAUCAAUAGCCUUGCGUACAGUAUUUGUGUUAUUACAGGCAUUCUUGGGUCCAAAUGAUCACAAAUCCAAUCCGAUAUUUUCUGCCACUGAUUAAUCGUGUUAGUUUUAUGCUAUGUGAAGACCACUGUUUUGUAAGCAUUUUGUUCAAGGUGACUACUGAAAACUCUUGUGCAGAUAUUUCUCAGAGAAAGGUGGUUUCCCUCUGGUGUUUGAGCAGUAUUGAACUGAAUUUCACGUUAAACUGCACUCCGCCCCCAACCAGUGAUCUGACAUGAACUUGCAAAUUAAAUCUAUUUGAGCAGCUGUGGGGAAUUUUAAAUUUUGUUAUAUGUCUAGUUGUUUCUUUCGUUGGGAGAAUAGGAUGGUUCUGUGGGAUAGGAUUAAAGUUUGUGUAUUGCAUUUCAUUAUAGUAUAUAAAUGGGAAAUUUGGAGCUCCUUUUUUUGAGAUUUGCAGUAGUAUAGAUGUUCAUCUUGCAUGUUAGAAAUUGGGUUAGCGAUUAUGGAGAGCAGCCACAUUACUAGCCCUAUCCUAUCCACUCUACUGUGCAGCGGCAGUUGCAUUUUUCCAGCUAGGAUUCCCCUCUUGAGAAUCUUCAUUAUUGUAGCUAUAGAGGCCAAAGCUAAUGCAUUACUUAACAAACUUGCUGCUAGCAAGGUUGACAAUGAUUACUGCGGAAUCCUUGCACAUGGACCAUUAAUGUUUUGUUGGGGGAUGACAGACCAAAAAUAUAGCAGGAAUAUUUAAAUACAUAUAUUUUCUACUCUGUUUUAAAGAUCUUGUCACUUGUUCUGUUGAUAGGCUUCAGAGAAUUAUAAGAAAUAAUGCUCAAAAUAAUGUUCAAAAAUGGAAUACUUCAGCAUUGUUUUUUAAAGUCCACUCUUAGUGAAGGUCCAUCGAUGCCAUCACUACUCUGCCAUUGUAAAGAGAUCUGUAAAAACGUAUUCUGAGAUCAUUUUCUUUCCAUGGGAUUUCUCAGACUGAAUAUGAAUGAUAUCCAAAUCACUUGAUAGUCGAAACGUUCUGUUAGAUUUAUAUGAAUUACCGAAUAGCAGUUGCAGAUUGUGUCUGCCACCACAUAUUAAUUUAUAAAAUAUUAGUAUCUUAAAAAGAUAGGUCAUUAGUCACAAAGAAAUUAUACUAACUGCUCAGUGUUGAAUACAGAUGCUUUAAAUUUGUGUUGCCUGUAAGUGUGAAUUUGAAACAAUUUUAAAUUCUAGCAGUUCAUACAUAUUAAAGGACACCGUUAUUGAUUUUUAAAUUAUCACUCCAGAUAACUUAACUGUUUUCUCCAAAUUCUAUGUAUGGUUCUUUUUAAAGCCACAUUACUAUCGAUCUAUCUAUCUCUCUCUCUAUCUAUCUAUCUCUCUAUCUCUCUAUCUCACUCUCUACUCUCUCUCUUCCUCCUCUCUCUCUCUCUCUCUCUCUCUCUCUCUCUCUCUCUCUCUCUCUCUC